AUGGAUCUCGAAGAACGAAAAGAGUGUUUUGCGGAGGCAUUCAAUAGUCGUGCGCUUGCGGAGUACAUAAAGGUUGUGAAUAUUUUGACUUCAAUGCGGAAAGACUUCGAUCAGAUGUUGGAGGAUAUUCUGAAGUUGUUAGGUUACGAUAGAAAUGAUGAUCGUCAUCCUUUUACGUGGCCUAGGCCAUGUGGAAUAGGCGCCUCUACGAUGGGAAUAAUGGCUAAAACCUCGUACACCUUUUGGAAGUGGUUCACGACAAAUGGUAAGGACGUUUUGCGUAAGUAUAACCUCGAUCAUGGGACAAAGAUGAUGAUUCUGCAAGAAAAGACGAUCCGUCAAACCGAUCUCAAUCGACUUUGUGUAAUGCUCCGGAUGCAGAUACGCUCUUGUUACGAAAGAGUGCACAAAACUGUGCCAGAUAUUAGAAUUAGGAAAGAAAAGGUGGAAAUCAAAGGCGUCGGUAUGGUAGGUUGGAAAUUGCCUUCUUGGCACGGCACCCCCAUAAACGAUCUACUGGACCUUCGACUGAAGAAGGAAGAGGAGGCGGGUACGCUCAUAAUAGGAGAACUAGUUCUUCCUGGUCUAUCGUUGGAGGACCAAAAGGAGGAUAAUGAAGUUAUUCAACCAAUGGACCAAGAAGCGGUAUCAUUAGCGCAGGCUACCAAUAAAGAAAACUAUGCCGAAGUAGUAAGUGAAAAGGAAGAAACGCCCCUUCAAAUGGAUCUGAAUCUGCGGCAUCUAAGAAAAUCAAGAAGGUUGCCCUACAGAGUAGUUCAAUGCCAGGACCAAGCGGAUUUAGGGGCUAGUUCAGUGUUUAGCUCAGUGUUCCAUUUUUUCAAGUUUUGA